AAUACCAAAUGGGGAAUAAAUUUAUUCCAAGGUAAAUACUGAGUUACAACAAUAUAUUAAGUAAAAAAUGCAUUUUUACAUUUUAUCGGUAUCUUCCAUAAAAACUUAAAAAAUGCAAGAGUUUGCACAGCCAGACCAGGAUUCGAACCUGGAACCUCCCCAAAACACAAAUUACCAUAUGUAAUUUCCUCAAUUUUGGGUUGCUCUGCCAAUUGAGCUAUCUGGCCAGUAGUACUGUAAUAUGCUAGCAAAAACACUUGCGAUAAUUUUUCGAUUGCUGGUUUAUAAUAGCUAAAAUGGAGCAUUAGUGGGAAAAAAAUUGGUAAUGGGCGUUUACAGUAACCAUUCAAGUUUCUUACUACAGUACUGUAAGUCAACUAUGCAUCAACAUUUUCUAAUUAGCCUGCUGAAAUUCUCCCAACAAUAUUAAAUAAAAUCCUCUUUUAAUUUAUUACAAGCAUGGUCACAAACAAAUACAAAUUAGGCGUAAAAAUGUUUGUUUCCGGUAUCCUGACCUACCCUAUCUAAAAUUUUUGGCCCGACCCUAAAUAACCUUAGAGGAUUUUUUUCCUUAAAUUUUUUAACAAAACAUUGAAAAACUGCAUUUUUUAUGCUUUAAACAAGACAUGGUCAGAGAUAUUAUAAAUCAACUUACAAAUGCUCUAAAGACAUAAUACCCUUAUUUGCAUUCAUAUUUUUACACAGAAAUAGAUUCCAAAUAGCCCCACUUAAUAAAAAAAUCAAACAAACCAAAAAAAAUACCAAUACACCUACCCUAUUUUUAUUUAGCAUGUUACCGGAAACAAACAAUUUUUUUUUUGCCUUUUACCUAAACUAUAAUACACUUCUUUGAAAUUCUUGCAUGCUUAAAAAUGCCAAAUUAACAAGUACUUGGUAGUCUAUAUAAUAACUGAAUUAAUUUCUCUUUUAAGAAUGGAGCAUGGAGAGAUAUGGUCAUAAAAUUAAUCUGGAAACUGUCCAAAAGGAGCAACUGAACAACUAUCUAAAGCAAUUCUAUGCAGAAGCUCAACCCAAAAUUACACCAGACAGAAAAAGAAAAUUUCAAGACACAAACCUAGCUUCUGAAUACCACCGUAACACAAUGAAAAAUGCACGAGCAGCCAUUAACAGACAUUUCCGUGACAUUAGCCGGAGCAUAGAUAUUGUCCGUGAUACUGUUUUUCAGGAGGCAAAUGAUAUUUUAGACGCAAAACUAAAAUCUAACCUAAAAGCUGGUCUUAACCUACCAACUGCCCACAAACCAAUCAUUCCACCUAAAGAUCUGCAAGCCAUACAUUCUUAUCUGAAAGCGAAUAAUCCAAUAGCACUCAGAUACCGAGCCUGGUUCAUUCUUAGUAUACAGUUUGUAUCUCGGGGCCUUGAAUUUCACCCACAGUUGAACCGCAACAGCCUUCAAAUUCAUGCCGACGAGGAAGGCAGAGAGUAUAUUCAUCUCACCCAUGACGUAAAAGAAAAACAAAAUCAAAGCGGCAUCACAAAUGAAAAGAGAAUUUAUGCCAUAGAAGGCGACAGUGAAAAUUGUCCUGUACAGAACUUGAAGGCUUUUAUGGCGCACUGUGACCCAAAUGCUGAAAAGCUGUUUUGCCAUGUAAACAAACUAGCUUUGGAGGCUCCAGAUGUUUGUCAGAUUUGGUACAACACUAAACCUGUCAGCACCAAACAAUUCACCAGUUUUAUGGGCGACAUUUCUAGAAAUGCAGGUCUUGACACACGAUACACCGCACACUGCCUUCGUGCUACUGCAACCCAGGGUCUGGAUGAUGCCGGAUGUGAGAUCCGGCAUAUAAUGUUUAUGACCGGACAUCGUAACGAGGCAUCUGUUCGGUCGUACAGCAGAGGAACGACAACAGAGCAGAAAAUGAAGAUGUCUAAAAUCCUCACCGAAUUAUCAACUGGCUCCAGGGAAAAUUCUCAGCUAAAUUCAUGUGCAGUUCCGGUUCCCAGUUCGGAUGGUCCAAAUCCAACCUAUGAAAAUAAAAAAAUCACCAUGUGUCAACAAGAUUCCGGAAUGGGAAUGUUUAAUCCGUCUUCGUGCACGUUUAGCAACUGCACAUUCACUCUGCAAAGUAGCCUUAAUACUCCAAAUUAAGUUCAGAUUUUUCAUUUCAGUUGAAAAAAAAACACUGAAAACACAAACACAAUUUCAAUUUGUGAACAGAUUCUGAAAUAUGUUCACUUUGUUACAUGUUACAAUUCAUUGUUCCAUUGUUUAAAUGUUCCAUACCAGAUCGAAUUUCCAGAACACAGGUACAUAAUACCUGUUGACCUGUUCACAUAAUAUAAAUUGAUAUAAACUCAUGUGAACAGCUGAACUUAAUUAAUAACAAAAAUUGUUCAAUUUGUGGAUUUUUUCCAUGUUUAUUGAUUUGUGGAUACUAGUGUGUACUGUAGAGACUUUUAAUUGCAAUAAAACAGACAUAAUUAUUAUGAUGUACUUAAAUUCCUUACCUAUCGCUGUCAUCCAAGUUUUUCCUUGCUCCAUUUUCUGAAAAUAUCAUUUCCAAAUUCCCGUCACUGGCUCUGACACGUGUUUUUACCAAAUUAUCCUUUAAAUCGAUUUCAUGAACAUUAUAUCCAUAAAAAUUAAAUAUCUUUGAUAAAAGUUCAAGUUGUUAAACCACAAAAUCGUUCUAAGCAACCACAUCAAAUCCGAUUUCAAUUAAAUCACGCCUAAAAUUGAAGACCGACACGAUCGCGACGUUGAUGUCGGCCAUCUUUCUUUUGCUUUAUGCAAAUGAGUCGUUCGCCUGCGUCCAUGACGACGAAAUUAAUGCGCGUAACACAGGUACUCUUAAAGCUUGCAUUUCAGUAAAAAAGGUUAGAUUUUUUUUCAAAUAGGAAACAAA